ACAACAGCCGAGGCAACAACCACGACUGCAGCUACAACAACAACAACACCGACUCCAACAACCACAACAGCAACAACCACAACAGCCGCACCAACAACCACGACUGCAGCUCCAACAACCACAACAGCCGCACCAACAUCCACAACAGCCGAGGCAACAACCACGACUGCAGCUCCAACAACAACAACACCGACUCCAACAUCCACAACACCAACAACCACAACAGCCGCACCAACAACCACGACUGCAGCUCCAACAACCACAACAGCUGCAACAACAUCCACUACUGCAUCUCCCACAACCACAACAGCGGCACCAACAACCACAACAGCAGCACAAACAACCACAACAGCAACAACCACAACAGCCGCACCAACAACCACGACUGCAGCUCCAACAACCACAACAGCCACAGCAACAACUACAACUGCAGCUCCAACAACAACAACACCGACUCCAACAACCACAACAGCAACAGCAACAAGCACGACUGCAGCUCCAACAACAACAACAGCCGCACCAACACCCACGACUGCAUCUCAAACUACCACAACAGCCGCACCAACAUCGACUACUGCAUCUCCCACAACCACAACAGCGGCACCAACCACCACAACAGCCGAGGCAACAACCAUGACUGCAUCUCCAACAACCACAACACCGGGUCCAACAACCACAACAGCAGCACAAACAACCACAACAGCAUCACCAACAACCACAACAGCCGAGGCAACAACCACGACUGCAUCUCCAACAACCACAACACCGACUCCAACAACCACAACAGCAACAACCACAACAGCCGCACCAACAACCACGACUGCAGCUCCAACAACCACAACAGCC